AUGGCAUUAAAGCUAGACAUACUUCUUCAUUGCAAAGAAUUCAAUAACCUCAAUCUGUUCCACCAAGGGUAUUACUACAUCCGGUAUAGGAUGUUUACUGAAACUGAGUCUACCAGAUAUUUUGCCCAACCUGGAAAAAUCCUGAGCCAAUUCAAAUCGGGUGAAACAUCUGAUAUGAAGGGAACAAUUAUUGAGAACGAAUACAAAACUAAAGAGUUUAAAAUUCUCUACAUUGGAGAGAAGAUCUCUUUGAAUGAAACAGUGACUUUUAAACAUCACGUAAAUCUUUCAUGGGAUGUAUCUAUUGAAGACCUUUGCAUCCCUCUUUUGUUUGAGGCAAGUCUUCACUUUGUGCUAUUUCAAGAUGUCCAAGAUCCUCUAAAUGGCCCAACCGAUGAAGAAUAUAACAUUGUAAACUCUAAAGUGUACAGAGUAGGCAAUGUUAUGAAAGGAGCAUUUAAAUAUUGCCCUAUCCAGUUCACUGGCGAAUAUACUUCUCUCGUUGAAAGCUCAAUCCAUGUCGUUGUGAGUAAUGUAGAGACCAACCCAAGUAGAUUGAUUAGUAUAUUCGAAGAUUUGAAAGAUAAUUCAGAACCUCAAGAUUCAAAAGAUUCUGAAGCAGGAGAUCCCUGGUUCAUGAUGAACUUUGAUGAGGGAAAUCUCUAUGUAUCUGAUGCUGAAGAAUUGUUAGAAGAAAAGUUUUCAAAAUAAUGUUUUAAAAAGAAAACUUAUUGAAAGAAUGUUUCUCUCUGACGAAAGUAGAGAAUAUAACUCAAUUGAUUCUGAGGAAGAGAGAGAAGCCAAUAAGUUUCUAUGGGAUAUCUUAGCUUCACAGUUCAACAUCCUAAGAAAGAUCUAUAGAGAGUUUUACAAUCAGCUGGAUAAAGAUACGAAACUUUCGGAAUUAAAACUCAAAAUGAAAAAGAAAUCGUUGAGAGGAAAAGAUUCUGAUGAAGAAGGUCAAGAAAACUAUAUCAGCGAAGAUGAUCAAGAAGGGAAAGAGAAAGAAAGAGAAGAGAGCAAAAUGUUUAUUAAAGAAAUGCCAUCUCCAACACUUCUUCAAAGAUCUACAAGUGUUGAAUAUGAACUCAACUCCUGAGAGCCAGAAAGCUGUGAUUUUGGAGCUAGUAUAAAUGAGAACCCUUCCCAAACUAAAAAUGUGAAACAAAUGGGGUUUGGAGAAAUGGUUGAGAGCUUUAAUAAAGAAAUCCCUAUCCUUCAUCUAGAGACAGGAGCAAGCAAAAGGCCUGAAGAUGAUUGUGAAUUAGUAAUUGAAAUGCUAUUAAAAUCCAAAGAUGAUCUUAAAUAAGGAUUUAAACACCCUCUGGACUCAAUACAAAAACUUCAUUAGGCAUAAUAGUAAAGUUCAGGAUGAAAUUUACAAAAUUAUGAAGAAAAAGUGGAAUGUUUCGUACAAAUAAGCUUGUUAAUAAGAGAGUUUCUGUAAACAGAAAUGCCUAUCUUGAUAGUGAGCUUGAAGAUGAUUUCCUUGAAGCAGAAAAUGAAAAAGCAGAUGAAAUCAGGCAAAAAUAUUAUGAUCAUGAAAAGAAAGAAAAUCCGAGAGGGCUUAUUCAUAGGAAACAUCAUUACGACAAGACAUUCAUGCCUGUUCUUUUUGAAGAGAUUAUAGCAAAAGGAUCUCUUGAGAAAAAUAGUGAGGACGAUGAAACCCAAGAGGAGGAGGAAAAGACCCCCUCCAGAAGAAAAAGUAAUGCUAAAAAGGAGAAGAAAGGUAAUAAGCACUAUUUCUUUCUUAUGCACGGGUACGCAAGCAGUUCAGAUGACAUGGAGUUCUUUAAAGCUUGCAUCACUCAGAAAUUGAACAAUGCUGUAGUUCAUUGAUGUAGUAGAGGAGAAAAUGAAGAUGAUCAAGGGAUUCUUGGGUUAGGAGAAAUCAUUGCAGAAGAAAUUAGAAUUGAAAUUGGAAAAGGAAUUUUCUGUGGGAAUUUAGGGAGAAUAACUUUUAUUGGACAUUCACAAGGAGGAUUGGUAUUAAGAGCAGCGCUUCCGUACCUAGAGGCAUUUAGAUCAUACUUUCAUGGGUUUAUCUCGUUAGCAACGCCACAUACUGGUUAUAUUCAUUCUCAAAGCAGAUUGUUAUCAGUUGGAAUCUGGGCUCUAUCAAAGGUUGGGUCUUCUCCUUCAAUACCAGAAAUAAGGCUUUCAGAUAGCACAAAUAUUCAAGAAUGAGCUUUGUAUAAAUUAUCAAAAUAUGAAGGCUUGAAUUGGUGUAAAUAUGUAAUUCUUUGUGGAUCAUACCAAGAUUGAUAUGCACCCUUAGAAAGCGCUUUAGCCCAAACUUCUUCCAGAUCUCCAAUAUAUCAAGAGAUGUGAGAAAAUAUGUAUCAAUAUUUAAAUGAAACCAAAGUCUACCGUACAAGUGUUCAUUUCAGAUUAGGACUCUCAAUAGACUCAUUCAUCGGAAGGAAAGCUCACAUCCAGUUCCUUGAGAACUUCUGCUUAAUGAAAACACUGAUUGCAAGGUACGAUCGAGUUUUCAAAGAUUAGUCCCAAAACUCCGCCUGUUUUCAUAUUUAUACAAAAUCCAUACUG